AUGGGACUGAGGGCACUUCCCUUGUCACCUACACAAAAUGGUUUCCUUCCAAAUGCAGGAAUUGCUCAAAACUUGUCACCAUAUAAUUUCCACAGAACCUCCAGAUUAAGGGUAGUUUCAGCUCAGUCAGAGAAGGGUAAGGAAGAACCCAAGAAGGCGGAGAAACAAUCUCUCUUUGGAAGUUUGACAGAAGCUCUGGAUUUUUCUCAGGUUAGAUCAGAAGAGGAUGCCCAGCUUCUGAGUGAAGCCAGGGAAGCAACAAAGUCAGGAGGCCAGAUGAACAGGGAGCAGUAUGGAGCUCUUAGAAGGAAAAUUGGCGGGACUUACAAAGAUUUCUUCAAAUCCUAUGUUGAAGUGGAUGGACAAUACGUGGAAGAAGGUUGGGUUGACAAAACCUGCAAAGUGUGCAAGAAAGAUACCAAAGGUGAACCUAGGCAGAGAAAUGUUGGGGCUACCGUACGAUUGACGUUCGAGAAGGCCGUGGCCUCAGGCAAAGACCCGGCCAACUUCAACGGCAAAGAUUGGGGAGUCACCGAUCUUUUUCGCGAGUUCGUGUUCGACAAUGGCGGUCUCUCUCAGGUCCCAUUGCUUAAUCCUACAACAAUUGAAUGGGUUAAACCCAACACUUUGGUUCGAUACCAGGGAAUGAUACAAGACAUGCUGGGUAAUGAAUUCUAUGCUGGUGUUUACAAGGAUGGAGCAACAUGGAGAACCAACAAGUUUGCAGAUGCUUCCCAAUUUCCUAUGGGCUCUUCAUCCGAUAUGCGAGUUUGGGAGCGUCGUCUGCUUUACUGUGUUCCUGUUCCGGGCCAAAAUUCAUGGACAGAAACUUUUUCUGAAGCACUGAUAAAUUCGUGUUCCACUACUACAUCUCCACAUGGGGAGAAGCGCCAGAGAGAGUGCCUCACAGCUAUUUGUGAUGGAAAUAUGCAGUGA